UUGACUGGACAUUCGAGUUCAUCAAAUGAUCAAACGGUGAUCAGCGCGCAAGGAGUAUAGUACACUGUGGUGUUAAUACGGUAUUUGUUAAUUUUGUCAGUUAAACAAACUUUGCGCUUUCAAACACUGAAAUUUUGGAAAAGAAACAUCCGUCAAAGAAACGCCUGAAAAUGAAAAGUACUGCCAUUCUUAAAUUGCACGUCAACGGAUCUACAUCAUCCAACAAGGAGCAACCACCUCCAUUGGAAGAGUUUUACAAGCAAUUGCCAGAGGACCAAGAAUUUGUAACUCCCGAGAAGUAUCCGGAAAACUCUGUAGAAUCCUCCACAAAACCAGAGUUAGGAGCAGGAACAAAUACCGAGCAAACAAAAGUAGAUAGUGCUGCUGUUGCAAACAAAGAAAACGGUACAAUGGUGGUGGAACAAAACGGUUUGAAUGAUGGCGCCGACGAACAAAUGUUAAGUGGUGCUGAAGACAACGAAAAAUUGGCCGAUAAGCGUGAAGAAGUAAAGUUUAUCAAAGGAGGUGACCAACAAAAUGGUGAUGCGAAAAUUGACAUUGGUGCUGUUAAUGGAAAGGAUAAAGAAUUGGCUUUCACCGGCAUGUCCAAAGAAGAACUGAUGAAAUACGCCAAUGAUCCAUUUUGGGUACGUUUACGUUGGAUUUUCUUCAUAGGCUUCUGGGCCAUUUGGGCCGGGAUGUUGAUCUGUGCCAUACUUAUAAUUGUUGAGGCGCCAAAAUGUGCCGCUCCUGAGCCACUACCGUGGUACAAACGUGGCCUCCUCGCUAAAUUCAAUGCACUCGAAGCAGUAGCUAGCGAUAUCGACAGCGCAAAAGUGGUGGGAGCUUCUGCUGUCAUAUAUGAGUUGCCACCUGCACUAACUUAUUCGGUACAUGAUCCUGCUGUUGAGCAAAUAAUCAAAGCUGUCGUUGAUAGUUAUAAAAUUGCGGAUAUCAAUGUUAUACUGGACCUAACACCAAAUUAUGUACCAAGUAAUUCUACAUUGUUUGCUGAAGCCAAAAGUGACAAAUCAAAGCGUUCAGCUUUCAUAUGGAAAGAGGGUGCCCAAAAUAUCAGCAAUUGGCGUUCACUUCAAAAUACAUCAGCUUGGGAUGAAGUCGAAGCGGGCAACUAUGUACUCUCCCAAUUCGGUGCCGGUCUAUAUGAUUUGAAAAUGAAUGACGUCAACGUUAAGAAUCAAUUCGAAGACGUUUUAAAACAUUUGUUGACUUUGGGCAUCAAAGGAUUCCGUUUGAAGAACACCAAAUUCUUUUUACUCUCUGACAAGACUCCUGAUGAGGUUGUUUCUUCGGAUGGCAAUUUCGGACAUACUGAUUAUGGAUUUUGGACACAUACUCAUAGCACCUUCCAAGAAGGCCUUGGCGAUUUGUUGUAUGAGUAUAAAAUGUACGUAAAGAACAUUUCUGCAGAUGCUUUCUUAUCAGUGGCAGAUGAUAUUUUACGUCCAGAAAUUUACCAUACUAAGAAUGGCGAAUGGGGUGUAGAUCUACCGAUAUAUGGUCCACUUGUGCACACUUUGCAUACAGGUUCAAAUGUUGCAAAACUUCGAAGUGAAUUCGAAGAUAUUAUAAAUGCUGUAGGCAAUGACACGUGGCUACAGUGGAAUUUUGCUGAGCAAUCACCAGCUGAUAAUCUGAAAAGCGAUCCUUCGGCAAUCGCAUUAUUUGUGUCGUUAUUGCCAGGAGUACCAGUUGUGGCAAUGACUAACACAUCACUUUUCAAAGACUUGAAUCCAGAAGUUUUUGCUGAAAUAAAGCAAUUGCGAUUAUCACCCUCGUAUAUGCAUGGGGAAUAUAAUGUUUUUCCUGUAGAAGGCCUCUUUGCUUACUCCAGGCAAAGAAUAAAAUCUGGUAAUCCUGGUUACUUCGUGGCUUUCAAUCCAUCAAAUACUACUGUAAAAGGCGAGUUCGUCUACCCGUCAUUGCCAGACAAAAUGUCGGUGUAUGCUCUUAGUGAGAACUAUAAUAUUUCGGGCAUAACAGUGAAAUCUAAAGUUCAAACAAAUUCUGUAGAGGUGCCCCCUGAAGCCACCAUAAUACUCACUUACGUACCUGUAACAUCAGGCUAAAUUUAUAAUGGAUGGAUAUCCUUAUAUUCACACAUAUUAAAAUGAAUGUGACAAUAUUAUAAAAAAUACAAAAUAUUAUGUGUAUUAAUAAUGCUGAAAGUUAAUCACGUUAUGCAUAAAGAAAAAAGUUACCGCUUUACAAAAAUAAAUAAAAUAUUUAUUUCAGAGUUGAAAAACGAU